AUGAGAGAUGAAAACUCAAACAAUGUUAAUAUAAAAAUAUGGUAAUUGAUGUUUCUGUAACAAAUAUCGUAGUCUUAUCAGAUUAUAUAUCUUUCUUAUCUCAUUUGGAAAUUUGAUCCUUUAUAUUUAAUGUCAUAAUAUUGGUUACUUGAUAUAAUUAUGUUGACUGCUUUAGGAUUAUUAAAAAUAAAGUACAUUUAAAUUAAUGUAGAUAUAAAGCUAUUGUACAUAAUUUAAUUAUGGAUACUUUGAUUGGAAGUGUACUAAAAUUAUUACUUUUGAUUAAUGUUAAAUAUUAUCAACAAUUUCAAAUUUAAUAUUUUAGUUAUGCAAUCAUGGCUUAUUAUUUCAUUAGAGUACUCGUAUAGAAUAUUCGUAAAAUAUCUAAUAAUCAAUAAAUAACAUAAUACUCUUUUGUAAACAUUUAUAUAAAUAAGAGAUUAUUUAAGGAAUCAAAUUAUUAUUUGUAUUAUAAAUAAUGCUAAUAACAAUGAAGUAAACAAAAACUAUAAAUUGGAAUUGGUAUAGUGUAUUUAGUAUCUCUUGGGGAUUGUUAAUAUUAUCAUUCAUUGUGUAUUUUGUGUUUUUACUUUCAAUUGGAGAAACUAUAGUAGAUUAUAUUAAAAAUAGAACAACAAAAACCCAAUGUACAUUUACAUUAUAAAAACAGUGAUAGGAGGCUUAUGGUUAUCACUUUAUUUGAAUUCAUUUUCAAUAUUUCCAAUGUGGUUUCUUUUAGAAGUUAGUUGGCAUGAAGAAACCAAUUAUUCAAAUACAGUAUCCACUCUAUUUUUAGUAUUAAUUGUUUAUAAUGGUCUAAUACUUUUAGGAUUAAUAUUAUUUUUUUCCUAUAUUAAGUAAUAAUCUCAAGUAUUUAGAGAUUGUAUAUCAUUGAAAUGAGAUAAAAUACACCUAAUUAAAAAAAUCAGACAGUUUAGAAACAAUCCAUAAAAGUGAAUAUUCCAUAUAAAAUCAUCUAAAUAUCAUCUACAUAUUUUGACAUUAUAAAUUAUUAGAAGAACAUUAUAACUGUUAAUCAUAGCAAUUAAUCUGUGAUUCAUUAGAAAAAUAAAUUGAAGGCAUUUGAAUUUGUUGGAAAGACUGAACAAUUAUAAUCUCCUGCAGCAGAUAGAGAAUUAGAAUUAAUUAAAUAAAAUGAAGAAAAAUGUCAAAUAUGUUUUGAUGUAGAACCUAAUAUAGUAUUAUUGCCAUGUUAACAUGGAGGUAUAUGUGAAGAAUGCAUUAUAAAAUGGUUAGAAAAAUAGAAAAAUUGUUAUAUUUGUAGAGAAGUAUGAUAUUAUUUUAUAAGUUUAUAGAAAAUUGAAAAAUAUUUAAGAAUAGCUAAAAGUAAUGAAGAAGGAAAAUUUACAAUACGUGAUAUAACUAUAUGCGAUUGA